UUGCAGCAUGUUGAAGAUCAAGGAAUUCACAUCCCAGACCAAACUGUAAUCAAGAAAGGUCCUGUUUCCAUAUCCAAGCACAACAGCGUCUCUGCCAUACCGAUACAUAAAGACGGGCUUUUUGGAGGUGUGGUAAACCCAAACGAAGUGUUCUGUUCGGUUCCGGGUCGUCUGUCUCUUCUUAGCUCAACGUCAAAGUACAAAGUCACAGUAGCGGAGGUGCAGAGACGCCUUUCUCCGCCUGAGUGCUUGAACGCUUCCCUGCUCGGCGGGGUCUUGAGAAGGGCCAAAUCUAAGAAUGGCGGAAGAUCUUUAAGAGAAAAACUAGAUAAAAUCGGAUUAAAUCUACCAGCAGGGAGACGCAAAGCUGCCAAUGUUACUCUCUUGACGUCACUGGUGGAAGGUGAAGCGGUGCAUCUGGCCAGAGAUUUUGGUUAUGUAUGCGAGACUGAGUUUCCAACCAAGGCGAUUGCUGAAUACGUAAACCGGCAGCAUUCCGACCCAAACGAACAAGUCCAAAGAAAAAACAUGUUACUGGCAGCGAAACAAAUCUGCAAAGAGUUCACGGACCUGCUCUCGCAAGACCGCACGCCCUUGGGGAAUUCACGUCCACAGCCCAUUCUUGAGCCUGGGAUUCAGAGCUGUUUGACCCACUUCAGUCUUAUUUCUCACGGAUUUGGGACUCCGGCCAUGUGCGCGGCCCUCACGGCGCUUCAGAACUAUCUGACGGAGGCCAUUAAAGCCAUGGACAAAAUGUACCUUAACAACAAUCCUAACAGCCACAACGAGACGGGGUCGAAGGCGGGUGACAAAGACGAGAAGCACAGAAAGUGAUGUCCAGCUACCACAUCCCAAUUAAUGACAAAAUACAUAUGUAACAAACACUAGUGAUCAAGAUGAAACACUGAACGCAGCACCUCCCGAUCUUGACAUUUUGAAACUUUAAAAAAAUAAUAUCCUAAUAAUAAAAACAGUUAACUUUGGGAUUCGUGGACAAGGCAUUUCUUUAAAUCAAAACAAAGCAGUGUGCCAAUAAAAGGAGUAGGCUAUAGAUCUGCCACAGCAGGACUUUUCAUGAACUCCCUUUAUAUGAGUUCAACGGACUGAAAUUCAGCGAUUUCCCCCCAGUAUCCCCAUUUACGAUUGUAGCCAUGUGACAACAAGAAGCUGAAAGAGGAAGAUUUUUUAUCAGUAUUGUGAAUAAUAAACUUGAAAGAAAUCUACAGCUCCAUGCCAUGACUUCAAGAACUGACUUUUCACUCGACCAAGCGACCAACUUGAACUUUGAAUUUCAACACGAUUCACGGUUAUAUGAGCGAAUCUGUGUUCAUGUAUGUAUAUAUUUAUUUAUGUGUAAUUUAAUGGGAAUUGUAAAUAUGGUACGUCUGUUCAAACUUCUUUUUUUAUUUAUCUGGUGCCUCCUGUUUUAGUGGGUUUGAAUAUUCGCUUAGUUCUUCAUGUGGUUUUAUGGUUCUUAGAAAACAGAAGUUUGGGGUAUUCUUCUCUGGGAUAUUUUAAAUUCAGCCCUCUUGUAGCAUGUUGAGAUGACAUUGAAGCAAGUGAACAAAUUAAAAGAAAUAAACAUCAAUUUCUCUAUAUAUUAUCCUUAUGCCAUUCAGUUUUAGAUCGAAAAAGGUCAUUGCAGAGACCCCAACGACGCUAGUUUUGUGUUUCUAUCCUCUUGUUUUUAUACGAGCUUUUUAUGUGUUGUGCUAAUCACCUCUUGUUCUUCCCUCAAAGCACCACAAGAGCAAUAAAUGGAUAUUGUCUUACGAAUUAUUCUUCUCCCCCCCCCCCCUCCUUCUUCUUUUUUUUUGAAUAAAUUCAACAUUUGCGAUCAUCUGAUAUCUUGUGUGUCCACUGUCUAAAUUGGAGGCGGUUUUAUCUGUAUGUAUAAACCUGUGCUGGCAAUAGCUCCCUUGCCUGUCAAUGUAUUAUAGUUCUUUGUUGCCCAGAAAAAAUAAAAUAAAUAAAAAUGAUAAAAAA